AUGGCCGAUUUGAUCAGCAGUAUUCCAGAUGAAAUCCUUUUAUACAUUUUAUCUUUUCUUCCAACCAAACAAGUUGUUGCAACCUGUGUUCUUUCAAAGCGUUGGAACCCUCUUUGGCGUUCGGUUCCCUCUUUCGAUUUCUCUAUCGGUUAUGAAAACCGCAAAGAGGCCUACGAUCACUUUCACUCAGUGUCCUCUUUUCUGCGUUCGCGUGAUAGAGAUCAACCCCUUCUCAGAUUUCGCCUCAAUUAUUUUUUCAACUGUUUUGAUCCUACCAUUCGUUAUAGUUACAGAACAAUUCGUCAUACUGAAAGCAUCAUCAAGACACGGAUUGAGGAUGCAGUGAGUGGAAGUGCAAGAGUUCAACACCUCGACCUCAGUUUGGAUCUAUACAUCGUCAUGCCCUCUGUGGUGUUUACCUUCAAAACUCUUGUAUUUCUGAAAUUGGCCAAUAUGACAGUGGAAAAUAUCCCCUUUGUUGAUUUUCCCAUGCUUAAAAUCUUGCAUUUGAAUCGUGUGCUCUUCUCAGAAGGUAUAGAUCUUUCACAGCUUCUCUCUGGGUGCCCUAAUCUUGAGGAUUUGGAAGUCAAAAGUAUACUUAUCAAUGCUGAAUUAAAGUUCAGCAGAUUGUCCACCUUGGGCAACAUGGCUGCAAAAUUUGUUCCAUUCGAAAUCGUCAAGAAUGUUAAAGUUUUGUGCACAGAUUUGGUAAUGCACCAAGAUUGGAUUUAUGAGUUUCAGAAUUUAGUUCAACUUAAAUUGGAUUACCUGUAUAUUAAGAACAAUUGGGUUGAGUUCUUGGAAACGCUGAGGCGUUGUCCCAAGCUUCAAACUCUUGCAAUUGGUUUAUAUGAAUUUUCUUGUUAUCUUUUGUCGCAAGGCCAUGAAGAAGCAGUGUUGCCAGACCCACAAUCUGUUCCUGCAUGCAUCUUAUCACACCUCAAAACCUGUAGUCUUGGAUGUUACAGGGGUUCGAUAGAUGAGUUUCUAUUUGCAGGAUACAUCAUGGAGAAUGCAAAAUAUUUAAGGACUAUGAAAAUCAAAAUUUCCUCUUACAAUGAUAGGGAGAAACUAAAUAUGAUAAGAGAUUUAUCCUCAUGCAAGAGGAGUUCAGAUACUUGUAAACUAUCAUUUGAUAAUUAG